GAAGGAAAUGGACACGUGGUAGAAUCCCAUUUCAUCAGGCCAACAAUAUAGGCAUAUAGCACUCCCGUGAUAUUGUUAAAUACCACCUCAGUUUUCUCUCUCUACAUAUUCAUACAUUCCCUCUCUGCAUGCUUGGAGUUAAAGGGGCCUUCUGAUACUGUUUUAUCCCUGGACUUAUGAUCCUGUAGAAGGCCAUUAUUGGCCGGAAAUGGGGAAGAAAGGAGGUGGUGGUGGUUGGUUUUCCAAUCUGAAGAAGAUCUUUAAACAGUCCUCCAAGGACUUGCCUGAGAAGAAGGAAAAUGCAGAGAAAUGGCAACACGAAGCUCCAGAGGUUUUGUACCUCGAACAUUUUCCUGCAGACAGUUCUCCAGACGUUACAAAUGGUGAGAGCUUCUACUCGUCUCCAGUGGCUGAAGAUCAGAAUCGUGCUCAUGCCGUCGCUGUUGCGACUGCUGCUGCUGCUGAAGCUGCUGUUGCGGCAGCUCAGGCAGCUGCUAAAGUUGUUAGAUUAGCCGGAUAUGGACGUCAUUCCAAGGAAGAAAGAGCUGCAACUUUUAUACAAUCUUGUUACAGAGGAUACCUGGCAAGACGUGCAUUACGUGCUCUCAAGGGCUUGGUGAGGCUUCAAGCUUUAGUGAGGGGCCACAAUGUGCGGAAGCAAGCGCAGAUGACAAUGCGAUGCAUGCAAGCACUAGUACGGGUGCAGGCAAGAGUCCGCGCACGUAGACUGCAAUUAGCGCACAACAAGCUUCUAGAAGAAAGACUCGGACCACGACGAGAAGAGCAUGUGCAAAGAAGUCCAAUGAACAAGCUGGAGACAAAAGGUCGGGAGAGAAACAGGGAAAAUGAAAUGAAAAGGGAGAGAGCUCUAGCCCAUGCUUUUGGCCAUCAGCAGCAGCAGCACGAACUCAUAUAUUCUAAUCAAAAUGGUGAUCACGAGAAUAUCGAGCAACAGUGGGGUUGGAACUGGCUCGAGCAGUGGAAGGAUUCGCAACCCUACAAUACCAAGAAAAAUGUGCUAUGGGAAAGCUCCCAUGUGACAGGCACCUCAACAGAUGACACAUCAUUAGGCUUCGAAAAUGCAAACAUGGGCCGACGUAGGGGAGUCCCAAAGGAAUCGAGCCUCCGUAUGACUCUGCAACAGCCUAGCUUGAGUUUUGAUCAUAUUCCUAGCUUCAUGGUCCCAACACAGUCUGCAAAAGCAAAAGUUCGGGGCCAAGUUCCGAUCAAACAACGAAGCCCACCGGGAACCCCAUGGAACUCGUCGACAAGAGGAGUGACAGUCAAUGGGCCAAGCUACAUGUCGUCGAGCUCAGGUGGAGGAAAAGCAACUUAUCAGGCUCCAAGAAGCCCAAAUGCAAGAAUUGAAAUAGUGGACAGGCUCACUGGGUAUUACCAGAUGAAGACAUAAUUUUGGAGGACCGAAUAAGAAUAUAUCCUACUGUUUGUCAAUAGAUUGCUUAAUUUAUUCAAUUUUUUACUUGAUGUUUUCUUUCGUCUCGAGAGUGUAUUCCAUAUAAUGAUGUACCAGACCAUCUAAUAAGCGGUGGAUAAUUUGUUAUUA